UUCAUGCUCGCUGUUUCAAUCGCAAUGAACAUGCGAGUAACUGGUAUCGAAGUGCUGGUUGGCUUGUUGGUUAUCUGUUCCAACUACGGAUCGGCGCAUUAUCUUUAUGAAGAAUGCGGAUUUAGGAGAGAAAAUUCUGGAGAAACCCUCGGUCCCUGGACAGCUCUACUGCACGAGAAGGGAAAUAUCUUUUGUUCCGGGACACUCAUCACUAACAGGUUUAUACUAACUGCUGCCAGCUGUAUUAAAGCUAAUGCUGUUAUCGAAGUUCGCCUAGGAGCGUUUGGGAGACAAGCAAACGAGCUCGCUGAAGAUCACAUGGUUCAGUUUUCCCUCAGGUAUCGUCAUUUCGACAAUAAAACCCUCUCCAACGACAUAGGUCUACUGAGGCUAACUAAAAAUGUGGAUUUAAAAGAAUACAUAAAGCCGAUCUGCAUUUUACUAGACCCAGAGCGCAAGUUGUCCGUGAAUGAGUUCAUCGGAGGAGCCUGGGGUCAAGACCAAGAGAACCAGUAUGGCCCCAUUGCCAUUCAACGUAAGCCGCAGUUCUGCAGAGGUUUAGAUUUGUACACCCAGUUCUGUGCUGGCGGCAUCGUGGGGAAUUUGGGUUCCUGUAAUGGACUCCCCGGCUCAGCUUUAACUCAAAGUAUUAAAUAUAUGAAAGAAAAGAGGCACAUUCAGUUUGGUAUCGCGUCCUUGGGCAACAUGGAGUGCCAGGAAGCCCAGGGUUACACCGAUGUGUUGAGUUACUACUGGUGGCUACAGGAUGUGGUUACACUCUUUAGCCAUUCUUUUUAUGAUCCAAAACCGAUUUAACAUUAUAAUUAGAACUACUAGAUUUUGAAAUAAAAAUAUUUCCAAUAAAAAAAUUAAGUGAAU